AUGAGACUGAUGCUGGAAAACAAACGGCUCAAGAGGCCAGUCAGCCGUGGGACCUGCCCAGCCCGUGCUGUGCCCGCGGCCCCGGCUCUGCCACGCUCGUCCCCGCCAAGUCCGGCCCGCGCCGGGGCCGCGCUGCUGCUGCCCGCUGGGCUCAGCGUCAGCACCUUCCCUGCCAAGCCGAGGCACCUGGUGAACAGCCCCCAUGUCCACUCCGUGCGCUGGGACAGCCGCGCCCAGGGGCUGCUCAUUGACCUCUCCCUCUUCCAGCGGGCGCUGCUCAGCCUGCGUGAUUCCUGCUGGGUGGCUCUGUACUCCUUCCAAGCCACGCAGUUCUGCAGCUUCGAGCUCCAGCUCCACUGCUACAGCUUCCACAGGCUGACAGAACCAACAGCCAUCUGUCCCAUGGCUCCCUCUGCUCCUGGAGAAGAAGCCCAAGAGGAGCAAAUUGAGAUGAAUGCACGCCAGACUCCAUCUUUGCCCACAGCACAGCCUGGAUAUCCUGAGCCUGUGCUUCUAGAGAGAGAGCAGGAGCAGAUUGCUUCAACAGAGAUGCCAUGGCAGACUCAGGGUGAGCUGUUCCCAGCCCGAGAGCAGGAAGAGCAGCUCAGGCAGCAGGUGGAAGAGCCACAGGAGAAUGGCCAGAAGAUCAAGGCAGAGCCACAAGCAGAGCUACCCGAAGCACAGAGUGACAUCAUGGACGUGAAAAGAAAGAACAAGGAAGAUCUGGGGAGAAUUCAAGAGGAGAAUCUUGAUCAGCAGAGGGGCGAUCAACAAAACCAGGUGAGUGAAAGAGUGGUGGACACCCCACCCAUGAAACAUCCUCUCUCUUGUUUUUUAGAGAAGAUGAAGUCACAACUGAUCGCAGAGCUUCAGACAGCUCAAACUCAGAUGAAGGCAAGGCAGAAGAAGCUGGAGGAUGAAAUAAAAAUCAUCAGAGAGAAACUUAAUCCCCUCCCUCAGUCUCUACAAAAGCAAGUGGCCAUAAAGAAAAUAAAUCUAAAAGGACUGAGGAAGAAGAAAUUAAAAGUCAAUGAACUCAUGGUCAUGAAAAUUAAUAGGAAUCCCAACCUGAUCAACUAUUUAGACUGCUACCUUGUGGGUGAUGAACUUUGGCUAGUAAUGGAGUUCAUGGAUGGAGGCACUCUGAGCGACAUCAUCAGCAAGACUUGCCUGUCUGAAGACCAGAUGGCAGCCAUCAGUCGGGAGUGCCUGCGAGGACUGGAUUUUCUCCACUCAAACCAUGUGAUCUACCAAGAUGUGAAGAGCUGCAACAUCCUUCUCAGAACCAAUGGUUCUGUCAAGCUGGCUGACUUUGGCCUCUUUGCUCAGCUCACCCCUGAGCAGAGUAGACGGAGCUCCGUGGCCGGCACUUGUGGGUGGCUGGUGCCUGAAGUGGUGACAGGCCAACCACAUGGCCCCAAAGUGGACAUAUGGUCUUUUGGGAUCGUGGGCAUUGAAAUGGUGGAACGAGAAGUUCCUUGCAGGAAUGCAACUCCUUUUUUGGCUCAACUGACAGCCAGGGGAGAGAGACCACAGCUGCGGCAGCCCAACAGAUUCUCGUCUUGCCUGUGUGACUUCCUGAGCUGCUGCCUGCAGACAGAUGAGCAGAAGCGCUGGUCUGCCAGGGAGCUCCUGAAGCAUCCAUUUGUACGUUCAGCCAAGCCAGCAUACAGUUUGGCACCACUCAUCAACUCAAUCAAGAUGAAGAAGAAGAAGGAGGAUUGGAGAAGAAGAAUAUAA